UUUUCUCUCUCUCAUGUCUUAAUCUCUUUGUCCUUCAGUACUACAUCAACUUCUCCAAAUAUAUUUCUAUAAAAAUCUCCAAAUUUUUUUUCAUUCCAAUGAUUUUCUCUAAACCCAAAUGGCACGUUUACACUUCUUUCUUGUUCUUUUUCUUCUUCUCAUUAUCUCCGCCGCCGCACACGGCGGAGAUCAUGACGGAGAUGCUGACUCAGAUUCCGACUUAUCUGAACAAUCUGACAAACCCCAUUUGAGAUCUCGGCCGUUGGUUUUAGUGAAGAUAUGGUGUUUGAUAAUAGUCUUCUUUGGGACUUUUAUUGGUGGGGUUUCACCUUAUUUCAUGAAAUGGAAUGAGGGGUUUUUGGUUCUUGGAACACAAUUUGCUGGUGGGGUUUUCUUGGGAACUGCGCUUAUGCAUUUUUUAAGUGAUGCUAAUGAGACAUUUGGGGAAUUGACAAGUAAAGAAUACCCUUUUGCUUAUAUGUUGGCAUGUGCCGGUUAUUUGAUGACUAUGUUAGCUGAUUCUGUUAUCUGUUUUGUUUAUGCUAAGCAGAACAACAACAACAAUAAUGAUGUGCAGCUCCAAGAUACUGAAAAUGGAAAAAGCAAUGGAGCAGUCGCACAAGGGCAGUCACAGGUCUCUGAUGGCAGAGAAAAUGACUAUUCAAAAGCACCUCUUGCAACAGCUUCUUCACUUGGUGAUAGCAUCUUAUUGAUCGUUGCACUAUGUUUCCAUUCCGUCUUUGAGGGAAUAGCCAUUGGUGUUGCAGAUUCACAAGCCGAUGCUUGGAGAGCUCUUUGGACUGUAAGUUUACACAAGAUAUUUGCUGCUAUUGCAAUGGGAAUAGCUCUCCUUAGGAUGAUCCCAAAUUGCCCUUUACUAUCAUGCGCGGCCUAUGCUUUUGCCUUUGCCAUCUCUAGCCCAAUUGGUGUUGCCAUCGGAAUCAUAAUCGAUGCCACAACUCAAGGGGUUGUUGCAGACUGGAUCUUUGCAAUAUCAAUGGGAUUGGCUUGUGGUGUUUUUAUAUUUGUAUCCGUUAAUCAUUUGCUUUCCAAGGGAUACAAGCCUCAAAAAAUGGUCAAGAUUGACAAGCCUCAUUUCAAGUUUUUGGCUGUUUUGUUAGGUGUUGGGAUAAUUGCUGUGGUGAUGAUAUGGGACACUUGAGUUUGUGCUUUGAUGAUUAUUUUGGCAGAAGUAGCAUAAUAGUUUACCAUUUUAUAUUGAGAAUACUUUUGUUUAAAAAUAUUUAUAUACGAGAGUGAAAAAUGGUGAUUCUUAUUUAAAUGGAAUUAUUUUUGAGAAUA